AUGUGGGGCCGGGCCGGGGGGCGGCGGGGAGACCCCCGGAGCUCGGGGCUGAGCGGGGCUGGCACCGCCCCGGCGCAGCGCCCGGGUUUGGGGGGGCUGCGGAGCCCCACGAGAGCGGACCCGGCGGUGCAGAUCGAGGGCAACCCGCACUGCUGCUUCUUCAACUUCAGCCCCAAGAUCAUGUUCACCAAGGUGGUGAAGGCGCAGCUCUGGGUGUACCUGCGGCCGGUGCAGCACACCUCCACCGUGUACCUGCAGAUCCUGCGCCUCAAGCCCGUCACGGACGAGGGCAGCCGCCACAUCCGCAUCCGCUCGCUCAAAAUCGAGCUCAACUCCCGAGCCGGCCACUGGCAGAGCAUCGACUUCAAGCACGUCCUGCAGAACUGGUUCAAGCAGCCCCACAACAAUUGGGGCAUCGAGAUCAACGCCUUCGACCCCAACGGCAACGACCUGGCCGUCACCUCGNNNNGUCCCCGUCCCCGUCCCCAGCACCCCUUCAUGGAGCUGCGGGUGCUGGAGAACAACAAGCGCUCUCGGCGGAACCUGGGGCUGGACUGCGACGAGCACUCGGCGGAGUCGCGCUGCUGCCGCUACCCGCUCACCGUGGACUUCGAGGCGUUCGGCUGGGACUGGAUCAUCGCCCCCAAGCGCUACAAGGCCAACUACUGCUCGGGCCAGUGCGAGUACAUGUUCAUGCAGAAGUACCCGCACACGCACCUGGUGCAGCAGGCCAACCCCCGCGGCUCGGCCGGGCCCUGCUGCACGCCCACCAAGAUGUCCCCCAUCAACAUGCUCUACUUCAACGACAAGCAGCAGAUCAUCUACGGCAAGAUCCCCGGCAUGGUGGUGGAUCGCUGCGGCUGCUCCUAGAGCCGCCCUGCCUCCCCUCGUCCUUCCCCGCCCGC